AUGCCGCUCAUUCUUCGCCUCUGCCUGCACGCUGUCGACGCCAGGAGCGACAGUCGCCAAAGGACGCAGUUGUGGCUGUCCUUCUCCAUAGUGCACUCGACCAGCACGAGGGACAUCAUUCAGCUCGCACGGCGGAGCGUGGAGGAGCGCAUGGCGGCGGAGCUCGAGGUGCGGGCGUCGCACCAGACACAGCUCGCCCUCUGUGUGCGCAACGUUCAUGGCCAGUACGUCUUCCUCGGCACUGCCGCCAUGACGGAAGCGUCGGCGCCCAUCAUGAAGAUGCCGUUUCUCAUGGAGUUGCUGCGCGUGGAACAGGAGAAACUGCGCAGCUCCGCCUCCGCGUCUGAGGAGGCUACAGCGGCGUGGAAGGAGUUCAUCUUCGUCCGCGGCGCCCUCGUGCCGCUGGCGGACUUGCGGCGCCUUAACCGCAGACUCGGCAACGGCGAUGACGCGCAGUUCGCGAUGUACGAGACGGUGGAGAUCACACCGGAGCUCGGCAGCGAUCCCGUUGUGGCGGACCCCCCGCCACUGUGGACGCCCGACCAGAGCAGCAUCAAUAUCCCAGUUCCUGCGGCCCCCAACAGCAACAGCAAAAAAAAUAAUAAAAACGAUAUCAGCAACAGCGGGGCUGCCACACCCAUUCGUGUGCGGUACGUGGACUUCGCUGGGCGGCACUACACAGCAGUGGUGCAGCCGCCAGACGCACAUUCACUCAGCGCUGUGUUGUAUGCGGCGUGUACAACCAUCGGUGCGCAGGUGGGCUGCGCCUUUCAGCCAUCCAAUAUGACACUUAUGUGCAGCUUUGGGAACACGGGCUUCCAUGCAGUGGACAACGACACUACGCUCACGGAGGCGCUCAAGGACGAUGACGCGCGGCUGUACCUGGCAGCGGACACUCGAUUGCUGUCAUCCCCGUCGCCGCAGCGCUCAGAGGCAUCGUCGCAGCCUGCAAAGACUCCGCUUCGUGAGGGAGAACCUGUCUUAUUGCUGCAGGAGUCAAGAGAUGAAUAUAUUGUAGAAGCAGCUGCGACAUCAUCAUCAUCAUCAUCAUUAUCCGCAGCAGCAGCAGCAGCAGCAUCAGAAAGAAGCAUCCCGCCCUGGGGUUUGGCUACCAGCGCAGUAACCAUCCGUCGUGUCGGCACUGUUAGCCCUACACCGUCUUUUACGCCACGUGACCGACAAUCUGUUUUGCGUACGAGACCCGUGGUAGGAGUAACAGCAGCAGUAGCGACGGGCAUGCGUGAUGAGGAGGACAACGCACGACUACGUCUUGCCGCUGCACACCUCCAAAUGGACGAGGCGCAGCGACGUUAUAUGACGGUUAUGCGUGAAAGCAGCUGCAACGCCGCGUGCACGGAGCUGCUCAAGAAGAAGACCGUGCUGUCAGAAGAGCUGACAGAGUGCAUCAGUGCGGAGCGCGAUUGCGAGAGGUUAGAGAUGCUUGUGGCGUGGCUGGAGAAGGACAUCGCCGACGGCCACGCGCGGCAGGAGAAGUUGAUACGGGCUCUCUAUGCCACGUAG